CACGACCACGACCACGACGAUGACAACAGCAAUAGCAACAGCAACAGCAACAACGUCAGAAACAUCAGCGGCCGAGAAGGAGAGAAAAAAGGACAAAAAAAAGAAAAAGAAAAAGAAGAAGAAACAUCAUCAUAAAAAGAAGAAUCAUAAAGGCACGAUUCAUAAUAACGAUAUUAUUACUACUAUAAUCUCAAUGACAUCUACCGGAGCAGUGAUAAUACCUACUGAAAGCACCAAGAUACCAAAUCUAUCCAUGACAACUCGAACAUUAUCAUUAUCACCUUCAUCAUCUAAAGCUUCUACUACUACUACUACUCUAUCACCAAAGAUAAAAACUCGUAAACAUCGAUCUCACUCAACACAACAAUACGAACAAUUCAUAUAUACGAGUAGUAUUACCAACAUUCCUACUACUACUACUACAGAAACAUCCCUUUAUUCUUCUGCCACCAUGACUCGUAGUAAUAUCAGAGAUCUUCCAUCUCAUACAUCACAUGACAAUGAUAACAUUCACUAUCAAGCUGCACAUAUGAAUGUAGUGAAUCAUGUUUUAGGAUUAGCAUUAGGAAUUGGCUUUGGAGGGCUUUCAUUACUUAUAUUAUCUGCCCUUUUCAUAUAUAAUUAUAGAAAAAGAAAAGCGGCUGGCCAUGAUUCGAAUAAUACGAUGGAUCAGAAAGGUGUCUUUUUCACAGAGAAGCCUUCCAUGUUCAAUAGUAAUAAUAAUAAAGCAAGAGUAACAGCCAAUGAUACAACGCAAGCGGAUGAUGAUAUACAAACUAAAUGGAGACCUCAAAGCUUUGCAAAUGUUGUAGCUAAUAUUAUUUCAACUCUACCUUCAGCCAUCACAAGAGAGACUCUUUCUAUAGAGCGUAAUAUUCAUUAAUACUAUAUUUGUAUGUAAUAUUAUUUAUAUCCGUAUCAUAAUAGCUUAUUCUGUUGUAAUAAUAAUAGAUAUUUAACAGUAAAGGAAAAAAAAAUAGCCCGAAAUUACAAGUCUAAAAAUAACUAAUUGAAUACAGAUCGUAUCGUGAUAUGAUCAUGAUUAUACAUCAGUCAUGGUGUGUGAGUGAGUGUGUGUGUGUGUGUGUGUGUGUGUGUGUGUAUGUAUGUGUUUAUAAACAUUCAUGUAUACUUUAUAAUAGUAGAUAUAUA